AUCCCUGGCGUCCGCCCGGGACUCGCUGGGGUCUUUGUCCAGGGCAGCAGAGCCGUUGUAUGAUACAGACCACACAGACCUCGGCUCGGAGUUGGAUGAGGCGGAUAUUAGGCGGGAGUUGAUGCACGAUAAAUGGCGUCUCCUCUUCGAUAGGUUUGAUCCGGAGGGGUUUGGAGAGAUCCCGUGGCCCGACUUCUUGCAGACGCUCCAACAUCCAGACUUCAUCGCUCAGGUGCCGCCGCAUAAGAGGGAGAUUCUUCUGGACAAAGCGCAGAGUGCAUCGAGCAACGCCAUAACGUUUCAGGAGUUCGUGAAUGUGAUGAGCGGCAAGCGCACGCGCAGCUAUAGAUGCGCCGUGCACCAGCGCGACCGCGAGGUGAGCUCCGAGAACGACUUCCAUCUGCUCCUCGAAGAUCCCACACUAUUCGCCAGAAUGGUGCACUUGGUGGCUAUGGAGAUGCUCCCGGAGGAGCGCGAGCGCAAGUACUACCAAGAGCGAUACACUUGCUGCCCUCCGCCAUUCUUCAUCAUAUGCGUCACACUUCUUGAGUUGGGCGUAUUCGCAUGGUACGCGUGGGGCUCCGGUGGCGUCGCGGCGGCGGCGGGCCCGGUGCCGGUUGAUUCUCCACUGGUGUACCGGCCCGACCGGCGCCGUGAGCUGUGGCGGUUCCUCACCUACAGCGUGGUGCAUGCUGGCUGGCUACACCUGGCCUUCAACCUCCUUGUGCAGCUAGCGGUCGGUCUACCUCUAGAGAUGGUUCACGGUGCGCUGCGUUGUGCAGCGGUCUAUUUAGCGGGAGUUCUGGGCGGUUCUCUGGCCGCCUCAGUACUGGACCCAGAUGUGUGCCUUGCGGGCGCUUCGGGCGGCGUUUACGCGCUGCUCGCUGCCCACUUGGCGAAUGCCCUGCUGAACUUCCACGCGAUGCGCUACGGUGCGGUGCGACUUGUCGCUGCGUUAGCCGUCGCGUCUUGCGAUGUAGGGUUCGCGGUGCACGCUAGGUAUACAAAGGAAGCGCCGCCAGUGUCAUACGCGGCGCACGUGGCAGGCGCGCUGGCUGGUCUGACCAUAGGGCUGUUAGUGUUAAAGCACGCACAGCAGCGGCUGUGGGAGCGGCUGCUAUGGUGGGGCGCGCUAGGCGCAUACGCGGCGUGCACCUUAUUCGCAGUCCUAUACAAUGUGUUCAGCGCGCCCGUCGACGAGCUACACUACAUGCCACCCGACCCGCCGCCCGACGUCGCCGGCUUCUGACUCACGCCGGCUACUAACGGACGUAGACUUUGACUUUGAAACUACCCUCAUUUGUCACCUCAGUGCGGGUCCUACCCUCAGUUUCUAUAUUGGUAGGGGCCUACUCUGAAACUUAUUGGCCCUUGCAUAACCUAAGAAGACCCGGUUUCAACGCUUCACUAUCACUAUCGUACUGUACUGUAAUCUCGUCUGCCGCAAAAUCUCGAACAUAAUGCUCGCAGCCUCGUCGCUCGUAUGUCGCCGCUCACUAAGUUAUUGCUCGCGAUUGCGGCAACAAUAAUUCGAUACGCGGACAGCUUUAUACGUUACUUUUAAAGUCAAAGCCUAAGUCUCACGGAACCGGUACGACCCACUCACAACACGCCUAGUCAAUUUACCUUAGUGUGAUUCGCGAUAAGUAGCAUUAUUAUUUGAGGAGGCUUGUGCCCGGUUUGAUACACGUCGUGUAUUGCGUCUAUUCCAGUGUAAAGAUUUAUGAAUCUUUUAUUUUAAGGCCGCGUUUCGCGUCAGGUCGACGUUCAGUUGAAUGUGCGUUUUUGCUGUUCGAUUCGUCAGAGCCUCCUCGCAAUACUUAAUUGUUAAGUAGUAUUAAUUGUAUUGAAUAGGUGAACUAUUUUUGUACCUACAAUCUGCGUCCGUAGUUAGCGUAGGAUGAUGGCGUUACCGCGACACCACACUCAGUUCCGUGCCGGCGGCCGGCCGCAGCGCGCGCGCCUGUUGCUUGUUGUGUGGCCCAGUCGCGCUGCGCUCGGGCGCCGGCGUAUAACCCAGAACACCAAAGAUUAGGAUAAAACUCAUCCAUACCUGCAUGGUGGCUUCACUUCACAGCUGAUUCAAUAUAUCUGAUUUUGAUAUAUAAAAUAUUUAAUUCAAGUUUUGCUCAGAAGAAAUACUUUAAGUAUGCCUAAAUAUUGAUUUUAACAUGAUUAAUUAAUAUUUAAGUGAUGUUGUGUAAAUUGCUCAAUCGCAAUUUUUAUUUUAUUUACUCAAUUGAUUGUGCUCAAAAGUGAGUUUUUAUUUAGCAAAAUUAAUUUGAUCACUCAAAUUAUUUCAAAUAAUUAUGAUUUUGUAAGGUGAAUACGUCCAUUCCGAUUAGACCACUGAUGUCUACUUUCAGCUUCUACUUCUAGCAAAAUAACUCACUAGUAUAGAUUUAUUAUAAUAAUGUGCCUGAUUCCUAUUAUUGUAAAUUUGAUUGUAUACUUUUAAUUCUAAUCAAAUAAUGUCACAAAACGACUGAUUUUUGUAUAAAUUAUUGCAGAGUGUUUUCAUUUAAUUUAUUUUAAAAUUAUUUUAAGUGUGAAUCGAAAUAAUUAUAAUUAUGUGAUUAUAUGAAUGAAAAAUAAGGAUGAUAAUAAUUAAAGUGAUUGGAAAAU